GCCACUCAGCAGGUGGUCAUUGCCUUGUUUUUGACCAUGCAGUACAUACAAUGCCUACAUCUAUACACACUGCCUGUCAACCGUUUAAGUUUGGUCACCUGACCCCAAGAUUGGUGCCUCAGAAAACGGCCCGCCAAUAACCUAUCAGAACUGUCACAUGCGGUCUGACACCCUCAACCCCGAAAGGUCCCCAUGCGUUCAUCGUCUCCUCUUCUUCGAUGCAGUUGAAGGAUCUGGCAGAUACGAAGUGCAAUCCACAAGCAAUCAAUACCCUGAUCCAAUUGGAGCUACUAAUGUACCCAAUCUGACAUAAUCGGUACUCUACUCGAAAUGAAGAAACGAGGAACAGCAACAAUUCCCCAAGAUGCUAACCCAGAAAGUAAGAAACACUAAAGCCUUUCCAAAUCUCCAUGUCUCAACGCACCUGCAGGAGGAAUACAAGGCACAGACAAUGAUGUAGAUACAACAAACCAUAGCGGGGAAGACGCGAGGGGUACGCCCGCGGCCAAGAACUGCACGAUUGAUUUUACCGCAGAUCACCGAAUGCGAAUGUUCACAUUCCAGGCGAGCCCAAGAAUGCCAAUUAAGUGUAACGUCAUCGCAUAUCCACCGGUCGUAAAAGAGACUCCCCAGAACCUUUCAAUUCCCCGUACUCGACCUUGACUGUACACUUUGUAUACGUUCUCCAAUUCAUAAACAAUGAAGCUCUUUCGUUUGUUUACCUCCGCUGCCCUUGCUUCUCUCGCGGUGGGCACCCCCCUUCGCGAUGUUAUCCUGAGCGCCGACACGUCCUGCCAGAUUCAGGGAGGAGAUGAGGCUGCCAAUUUGGCAUGUCGUGCUAUUUGCAUUGAUCAAGGCCACGGAUGGACGGGUGGGUAUUGUGACGAUACGCAGUAUGCUCUUAUUCCGGAAUCAUGAUGGGAAAGGGGAGUGCUAAUGAUGUUAGAAUCUGCCACUGUACGUUUGAGGGACUAUCUGGAGUGUAGGGCUGCU